ACGCAUUGCCUACCGCGAGUUGAAAGGUGCAAGGUUGCAUUUUUAUAUAUCGGUGUGAAAAGUAGACGAACGUAAUCCAAUAUAACAAAAAAUCACCGCAAAGCGUAAAUUCCAUUACAGCUAUUGUUGUGCUGUAUUUGCGUGAUGCGUACAUUUCGCUGAAGUGUGUAUGCUAUUGUUUAGUGACGGCCAUUUAUUCCAUUUCCAUUGGACAUACAUUUACUGCUGCAGUCAGCGAAUUUGGCGCUGAACGGCUUGUCAUCGAAAAAAAAAAACAAAAAACCAUCAGGGGAAGGACCGCAUCAUGUGGGACGACGAAUGUUGGGACGACGAUGCAUCCCAGGCACGAUCUGCGACUACGGUAGCUGCGGUAUCACAACAGUACCAACGUGAACCAGAUGCACCACCACCGAAGUCGUACGAGCCUGAGAAGAGAUCGUAUCAACGUGAAAGACGUACUCGAGAGCAUACAGCGUCUCAUGGUGACAGUAUUCGGAUAGAGGUACGCGGAAACGUUGUACCGCGAAUCAUUGGAAAACAAGGCGCCACCAUACGGGACUUACGCUCCCGGACCAACGCACGCAUCGAUGUUGAUCACGAUCGGAGCGCGAGCGAAAUGGGAACGGUCACCAUCUCCGGGGAUCCGGAGAGCGUCGAAGCAGCUCGAAAGGCCGUUUACGAGAUUAUGAAUUCAUCAGACUCGUCGCGUCCUCCGAGAUCGGGAUACAGUGGUGGUUCGUCUAACGAUCGACGUGAUCGACGUGAUGAUCGUGGCAAUCGUUACGAAGACUCGGAUAGAGGAGGUUGGUCAAGGUCCGGUGAAAGUUCGUACGGUGGUCGUGGCGGUGGUGGACGAGAUCGAGAUCGUCCAGGUAGAAAUUACAACGACUUCUACGGAUCUAGCGAUCGGUCGGGAAACGCUGGUGGUGGUGGUGGUCACAGCCGAUAUUCGUCUCAUUCUCAUGCAGAUGCGUAUGCUACAAGCGACGAAAUAAUCGACUGGGCGUCGCUGAAUAAAGAAGCCGACGAGGCAUUCAAGGAACGGUGGGCAAAGUGUCCUCCGCUCGUGAAAAUGUUCUACAACGAACGCGAAGAGGUGGCAAACAUGAGACCGGAGCAAGUAGCAGCGUUCCGGGAGGCGAACAACAAUAUCGUGGUAGAGCGUACCUUCAAGGACGAAAAGGAUAAUGAACGGAAGCCGAUACCGAAUCCGGUCAGCGAAUUUCAUCAGGCGUUCGGAGAAUAUCCAGACCUCAUGGAGGAGCUUCGCAAGCAGAAGUUUACCACUCCGACCCCAAUUCAAGCACAAGCGUGGCCUAUACUGCUGCGCGGCGAAGAUCUGAUCGGAAUCGCACAGACCGGUACGGGUAAAACGCUGGCCUUCCUGCUUCCCGCGCUCAUUCACAUCGAGGGGCAACCGAUCCCUCGGGGUGAGCGGGGCGGACCGAACGUGCUCGUGCUGGCACCGACCCGCGAGCUCGCCUUGCAGAUUGAGAAGGAGGUAGCAAAGUAUCAAUUCCGUGGCAUAAAGGCCGUCUGCCUGUACGGUGGCGGUGAUCGCCGGGCGCAAAUCAACGUCGUCCGAAAUGGGGUCGAAAUUUUGAUUGCCACACCGGGUCGUUUGAACGAUCUUGUGCAGGAAGGCGUGGUGGAUGUGUCGACCAUCACGUACCUCAUACUGGACGAAGCGGAUCGUAUGCUGGACAUGGGCUUCGAGCCGCAGAUCCGCAAAGUGCUGCUGGACGUGCGUCCCGACCGUCAAACGGUGAUGACCAGCGCCACCUGGCCCGAUGGCGUCCGCCGGCUGGCUCAGAGCUACAUGCACGAUCCAAUCCAGGUGUACAUCGGAACGCUAGAUCUGGCCGCCACGCACACCGUAACGCAGGUGAUCGAGGUGAUGGAUGAGGAGGAUAAGUUCCAACGCAUCAACGAGUUUGUCCGGGACAUGCAGCCAACGGAUAAGGUGAUCAUUUUCUGCGGUAAGAAAACGCGUGCCGACGAUCUGUCGUCCGAGUUUAUCCUGAGCAACAUCUCGUGCCAAGCGAUUCACGGCAACCGUGAACAGAGUGACCGCGAACAAGCACUGGAGGACAUUAAGAAUGGUACGGUGAAGAUACUCAUCGCUACCGACGUGGCGUCCCGGGGGCUUGACAUCGAGGACAUUACGCACGUGGUGAAUUAUGAUUUUCCACGCAAUAUCGAAGAGUACGUCCAUCGUGUGGGCCGUACGGGGCGUGCUGGACGGACCGGCAUUUCGUUAAGCUUCAUGACGCGCUCCGACUGGGGUGUGGCUGGUGAGCUGAUCAAAAUUCUGAAGGAAGCAGACCAAGAGGUACCGGACGAGGUGCGCGAUAUGGCACGCCGGUUUGAGGCUCGCAAGGAGCGCGAUGGCGGUGGCGGUCGUGGCGGAAGGGGACGCGGAUUCGGUGGAAAUCGCCGAUGGUAGACGACCGUUUUUUUUUUAUUCUAAAGUUACCCACCGACGUAAGUUUCCGCUUACAUUUACUUGUGGUCACUCGUGGAGCGUAAUCUUCUUUAACCAAGCACUCCCAAGAGAACUGCCUGUUGCUGCUCAUCUCUGCGCACAACGUGACUACAUGUUCUACUUCUUACUCGUAUUUUUUCCAAGAUUCCUUUAUUAAUGUGCGAAGCACUUAGUGUGUAGGAGAAAGGACAUAGGGUCUACUUUAUUACCAUCUGUUUCCUUCCAAUGCAGAAUGUGAUUCAAGAAGACUAUUAAAUAUAUCGACGGUAAUACCUUACCUUAGAGGGUGAACUUAAAAAAAUGGACUCAGUUAACCAGCUGCUGCAUCGUAACGGAUUGUAAACGUAGCAAAUGAAUUCGAAUAUUAUCAUUUAAGUGUAAGUGCCUUCGACGUCAUGGAUGAUCGAUGUAAAGGGAUUAAUUGUGAGUGCUUCAUGGCGUCUCAUAUGAACUGCUGAUCCUUGUGAUUAUAAUGAAUUUGAGUUACUGAAAUAAAACUACAUAGCAAAACGCGCUAGCCUCUUG